GAGGGGGUUAUCUCAUUGUUUUUUAGAGAAUAAAAAAUCAAAUAAUUUAUUCUCAUGGCUGUUUGAAGAAAAUAAUACAACAACAGUUUGAAAUUAGUUGUUGAAGAUCUCCCUCAAAAUAAGCCAUAAAAAUUUCCAAAUAUUAAAAAUUAAUAGCCUAUCACACGUUAAAGUCAAUGAGGUGAGCGUCCUGACCUCGUUCUUGUUCGUUUUAUUCUUCAUUUUAAUACUUUCAAAGCUUUAAAAGAUUUAUUUUUAUCUCUUUCUUUUUAGGAUCUGAUCUCACGUAAGUAAUUUCUCACGUAUUAACUUUAACUUAUGCUGAUUUUUCAGUUAUUUAUUUAGGCAUUUUAGGAGUUUCUUCUGAAAUUUCAACGAUUUCAAGGAUUUCUUGGUCACUGAAUACAACCCAUUGCUUGGGAAACUGAUAAAAAAUAUAUGAAUUUAAACUUGGCGCGUAUUCGAGGUGGGAUAGAAAAGAUGGUGAAUUCCAAUGGUGAAAGAAAAAAUGUGGGGAAAAUGAAAACUUUGGCGGGAAAAAUAGAAAAGUGUAAAAUUCAGUUGAAUAAAGGGCAAUUUUUUGAACCAGCUUGGAAACGAAUAAGAAUCGAGUCGAAACUAAACUCUUUUAGGUACCUAUAAAAAAGCUUUAAAUCUGUAUUAUAAAAAUUUUAUCUUCAAAAAGCUAGGUUAUAAAUUUUAUCAAAAUCUUGCUUAAAAAAAUAAGAAAAUUAAUAAUUGAAUAGGAAGGAAAAAGAAUUUUCCUUUUCCCCCCGGAUUCAUAUUUAGAGAAAAAAAAAGAAUUUUAGUUUAACAUUUUUUUUCUAAACUAUUAUUUAAAAUUUUAAGCGCAAAAAACCGUUUCAUUGCCUUUCACUAUUUUAUGUCGUCAUAAGGCGUUUUGGAAACUCUUGUCUCCUUCCUCAGGCCUAGGAGUAAUGAAAGAAAAGUAGCAAAAAAUCAUAUCUUCGUUAAAUUAAUUUAAUUAAUCUUCUUUUUAGUUACUUUCAAACCAAAAAUUGCAAGAAAAAUAAAAAAAUAAUAAUAAAAAAUAUUAAAGGAAAAUUGAAAAAAAGGACCUCGUGUGAGGAGGUUGAACCUUUUUGAGUUAAUUCACCCCAAGUUGGAAUAAAGGAGAAACCACGCAAAUGUCUAGUGGGGGAUGAUCUGCGCAGGAGUGGCAUAUGUCCUGGAAAAGUCCUCGCCAUUCCCAUAGAGAAACAUACAUACAAUUCCUUCACCAUCUCUCUCUCCCCUUUGAUACCCAACCACAUCGUGUUUGUUAUUUCGCAUAUAAAGUAUUGCAGCGUCCUAAAUAGCAAGAUAAAGGUUGUGCAGCGCAAUUUUUUUGUGCUUUUCCCUCUUUGCCAAAAAAAAAAAGAAAAGAAAAAACGAAGAAGUGUUGAGAAAAGUAGAGGCUACAAGUUUUGUGAUUAAAUUCGUUUUUGGGGGACAAAAUUAUGUCAUUUGUUGCUCUCUUUUGUAGAAAAUAUUACUUUUGUUGGUUUAAAUUGCCAUACCUCAAUGUAUUUACGCCCCAGUGAUUUUUUUCAAAGCAUCACGAAUUAAUAAUUUUCGGAGUGAAAAGAACAAAUUAUUUUGUCAAAGUGAUACGUCUCUUGUUCGUGGUACAUAGUCCAAUGGUACAUUAUGUAGUUGGAGAGACAGCUGAAUGAGAACAGAGGCACAGAGUUCACAGUAGACGCAACGAGGGCACAUAGAAGAGAAUUUGGCACACGCCUUUUCGUGUUGACCAUUUUGUGGAUGGUGUGAAAAUUUUUCUGCACAUGGAAUUUCCUGGAAAAUUCUGCUUUGGUGUGCCAUGGCAGAGACGCAUUAAAGGGCAUCAAAUUAAAUUAUCAUUUUGUACCUAAAUGCGUGAGUGCGGUGGAAUUUAUUGGUGAAGUGUGUGGUGAGGAGCAAUAAAAUAUAAAAAAGUGGGCGACAGAGUCCUCGAUGAUGUCCUUUUUUGUGUCUGCUCCAGUGCUAUGUGUUGUGGUGUGGAAAAUACGUUGAAAAUUGUGAAAAUUCAUUGGGUGGGAAAUGUAAGGAAUUUCUCUCGAAUGUAUUUAUUGAUUCUCGGGGCCACGGUAGCAUAGCUCUCCUGAGGAGCGCACACAGUUGGUGCACCAAUAUUGGGACAGUUGGAGUGGUUGUGGAGACAAAACAAGGAGGGCAAAACAUUGUGAAUUAUUUUGGUGAAAAAAAAAAAUCGAUAAAUUAUUUAAAUGUGAAAAAGGGUAAGGAUACCACAGGACAUCUCUUACACCCCUAAAUACUGCCACCACCCACAUAAAUUAAAGCCAAACCAACAAACAAAUAAAUUUCCAAAAAAAAAAGAAAAACCUCCAACAUCCAGGACGAGAGUGAAGGAAAAAGGGUGCGUUACGAGACAAAGGAGAGAUCCUUUGGAUGUUAAAAUACAGAGAGACGCAGGAUUUACGUCUUUUGUCAGUUCUUUUAUAAUUUUCCACGACAAGAAUUAUGCAAUCCUAUUUGAUGAAAUAUUUCCACCCAUUUUCCUCAGACUUUUUCUCAUCCAUCGUCGUGGAAGAGACACAAAAAAUCCUCACAGGAUGCUGCUAAAGACUCUCGCUCUCUCUCUCUGUCUCUCAUGUACAAAAUUAAUAUAAAACAGUGCGAGUUAAAUUAACUGUGAGAAAAAGACACGCAGACAACAAAAGCAAAUCCUCCCACACCCUUUAAUGCGAAAAGAAACUUUUUAAUUGGGAAAAAGGACACUGCCAUAUUACCUACUCAAAUAUUAAAAAAGGAAGAAAAAAAGCCGAAAUUGAUACCAUCCGUGGGAAAAGAGUUUAAGCUCUUUUUUCCUCCCAAAAAAAAUCUAUUAUAUAUAAAAAUCUUCUAAAGUUUAGCUUAAAAAAUAAUUUAAAAAAAAAAUAAUCAUAAAAAUGACAGCAAUGAAUUUCGUGCAGAGCGAAGAAGUAGCAAAAAUUUGGCCAUUUCUCCUUCAAGGUGUAAUGGACACCUCAAUAUGUCCCACGAGUCAACCGGAUAUGAUUGAGGUCCUCCUGUGGACAACAUGUGCCGUCUUUGGCUUUGUCUACAUGAUGCUCGGCUAUCGAUGCCUCCGUGCCAUUGGAUUCCUCACAGGUUUAGCAGCAGGAGCGGGAUGCGUCCUGUGGCUGCAGAGGCACAAAACUCUCCUCGGUAGUCCAGGAGAUUCAGCUCUGGCCGUGGCAGCAGGGCUAUGUGGUGCAAUGCUGGGUUCCACCCAUCCCGUGGCUUCGGCCUUAGUGAGUGCAAUUGCAGGAGCAAUAAUUGCUGGAGCCACAAUGGUACUGUGCAUUGCCACAAUGCCUGAUCAUGAAUUUGGGGAACGUGAGAUUGUUGUGGCCGUAUCUGGGGGUGCGGUUAUAUUUGCUGUGAUGACCCUAUGCUGUGCAAAAUUGAUUACGAUCAUCUCAUCGAGCAUCAUUGGCUCCACAAUGGUUCUCCUCUCUGUGGAUUUUUUCCUCCAUAGCCUUGAGACUGUUAAAUGGAUUGUGGCUAUUAAGCCAAUAGCAAUGCCCCCACCACCCUGUUGGGGUGGUGUUAUAAUGUGCUCGUGGCCAGUGACGGCUUUGGUGGGAAUCUUGGCACAAUGCUUCAUCACGGCGUGGCGUCUGGAUCACAAGAAACGCCCCCAACCCUACAGAAGACACCUCGAGGCACCCAUUACGGUACGAGGUGUACCGGAUGUACCAGCAAAUCGUCCCCCAAACCCUCCAGCAAGACCACGGGAGACUCGAGAGGAGGCAAGACAGAGGAAAUUCCGGUACUUGUACCACAUCCGCACCUCAAGAGGGGACAUCAUCUCACAGAAUUGCGCUUCCGCCCUGCAAAAGCACAUCCAACCACAUUCGGGAUCAUCCUCAGAGCACUCCACACACAUGACACACCUCCCGGAUUCCGUGGCUCUCGAUACGAAAUCUUGAGACCACUGCUCAAAUAUCUACUAUUAAGUCUAUAUAUAAUAAUGUACAUUCUUCACUUUCGUUUCUCUCAAUACAUUACCUAAUGUUCUCUUUCCACGAGGACUUGUGCACUUUUUAGGAGACCUAGUCUCACCAAAAUGUAUUCAAAAUACAAGGAAAAUUUAAUCAAAGACAUUAUGCGCUAUCUGAAUAUCAAAUAUUCAGUUUAUUAUACAAAAAAAAAUUAAAAAUUUAUCUGUAGAUUCGAUAGAUUCUCAUCGAUAUUAGAAAUCAUUUAGGAUCAAUGAGAAAACGACUUUAAAAUAAAAAAAAAAGGAUAACAAAAUCCUGGUUUCCCGGAAGAUCAUUAAUAAUUGGGAUUCAUUUUGAUUCACACGACAAUAUAAUUCAUAAGAACAUGAAAAAAAAUCCAAAAAAUAUUUGUUGACAUGAAGCUUCCAAGACAUUAUCAAUGGAGUUCAAUGUAAUUUUAAAAAUAUAUAUAUUAUAUAUAAUUAGAUUGUAAGUGAACAAAAAAAAAACAAAAUCGAGGGACAAAAAUGCAUAUGGCGUCUUCGGAAGCCAUCCGGACGCCAUAUUGAGUGAUGGAACAAAAAAACAAUGUGACGAAAAAAAAUCUGCUCAAAAAUUAUAUGUUGAGGAUUCAAUCAAAGUUUAUAUUAUGUGAGAACCGUUCUUAUAUGUUGUAUUUAUAUUUAAAUAAUAAAAUUCAUUGAGAAUAAAGUCA